AUGGGUUCCAUUGCUCCCAACGUGGCUGAACUUGACGCCUCCAAAUUCAACAUCACCCGCUCCACCAACCUUCGUGAUGUGCCACUGCCCGGUUCUCCUGAGGAAUUGAGUCACUCCUACUGCACCGACCAUAUGGUCACCGUGCGGUGGACUGUGAACAAUGGCUGGGAGACACCUGAGAUCAAGCCUUACCAGAACCUCAGUAUCCCGCCCACUGCUUCUUGCUUGCACUACGCCACCGAGUGUUUCGAGGGCAUGAAGAUCUACCGUGGCUACGAUAGCUACCGCUGCCGCUCCUCUCUCCCUGGCUUCAAGUACGACGAGGUGAAGAAGCUCGUUGCGAAGCUGAUGCAGAUUGAUGGCCCACGCUGGCUGCCCAAGGACCGCCCCGGUUCCUUCUUGUACAUUAGGCCCACUGUGAUCGGCAACGGACCCCAUCUGGGUGUCCAGGUCCCCAAGGAAGCGCUUCUUUUCAUCAUCGCCGUACCUUGGCCUGACUUUACCAAGAUGAAGAAGGAAGGCGACACUGUGUCCAAGGGUCUGCGACUUUUCGCUUCAAGCCCAGACUCCAUCCGAGCUUGGCCCGGUGGCUUCGGUUGGGCCAAGCUCGGUGCCAACUACGGUCCCUCUCUGCAGUCUCACGGCAAAGCGCAGGCCAUGGGCUUCGACCAGAUCCUCUGGCUUUUCGGCGAAGACCGCCAGGUCACUGAGGCUGGUGCCAGUAACUUCUUCAUCAUCUGGCACAAUGCCGACACGGGUCGCCUUGAGCUGGUUACUGCUCCUCUGGAGAGCCAACUGAUCUUGCCUGGUGUCACUCGCCGCAGUGUUCUGGAACUGGCCCGCGAGCGUCUGUCGGAGAACUUUGUCGGCAAGCUGGCUCCUCUGCAGGUUGUUGAGCGAACCUUGACCAUUGGUGAAAUUGAGAAGGCCGCACUGGAGGGUCGUAUCGUCGAGUCAUUUGUCUCGGGUACCGCCUACUUCAUCACACCCGUGGCCAUGAUCCGCAACAACGACCAAGACAUCAGCACUCUGGGCAAGGAUGGCGAGCCCGCUGGGUACGCUGCCCAGAUCAAGUCUUGGCUCGAAGCCAUUAUGUAUGGCAAGGAGGACCACGAAUGGGCCUAUCCUGUUGAGGAAGAGCAGUAG